GAACUUGACCUCUACCAUCUCUGAACCAUCUCUGAACCCUGAACACGUAUAGUUCCUCAUUAUAUCCUCUAGACAGAACACAGAACCUGCUAGACUAGAAACAUUAUGAGCAGCUUCUUUGGUCGUACCUCUGGUGGUGCCCCGCCGCCCCAACCACCAAGGGGCACUUCACCCUAUUCCAGACUACCUGAUGGCUCUGCACAGUCUCUACCCUCUGGCCCGCGCGGAGGACAGCGCGUACAACCUCAGUAUUCUGACUAUGAGAAACGGUCUGUGGAUCGAAGGCCGCCACCAUCGCAUGCUGGUGCAAGCUAUGGUGUGCAAUCGUGUCCGAGUGACGCCCUCGCUCUCACCAAUCGUUUGAUUGUCCAUCCCAACGAUUUCGCCGAUGGGGAGCAUGUCCUGCUCAAGGGCCAAUUCCCCCUGACAACAAGACACGAUAACACCGGCCGCAUUUCUCCAGGUUGCAUCGGUGCCUCCGCUCUUCAACGCCAAUGGAUCGGUCUCUCCGUCUCCGGCGACAGCGUAACAAUCGAACCUAUCUCCUCCCCUGCCUUCCUCCAAGACAUCGCCCUCGAAGUCGGCUUCCUUAAACGCGGCCUCGAAAUCGCAGAACAGUUCUCCGCGGACGAGAUGGCGCGGACGUUCAUCAAGGCGUUCGCGGGCGUCAUGUUCGCGCUUGGAGAGGUGUUGGUCUUCGAGUUUCAUGGUCAGAAUUUGAGGGCUGUUGUCAAGAGUUGUGCUGUCGUGGAGUUGGCGGAUGGACAGAGGGGUGGGAGGGGCGGGUCAGGCGUUAGGGAUGCGGGUGUUGUGAUGGAGAGGACGGAUGUGACGUUUAUGAAGGAUCCAUCGACGGCGAUUAAGAUCAAGUCGAGUGCGAAGAAGGCUGCACCAAAUGCGAUUCUUGCUCCGAACUUCAAGUUCGAAGAUAUGGGUAUUGGAGGUCUUGACUCCGAGUUCAGCGCCAUAUUCCGUCGUGCAUUCGCAUCCCGUGUGUUCCCUCCAGGACUCGUCGAGAAACUCGGUAUCCAGCAUGUGAAAGGUAUCCUUCUUCAUGGGCCACCCGGAACCGGUAAGACGCUGAUGGCGCGUCAAAUCGGAAAGAUGCUCAACGCGCGGGAGCCCAAGAUCGUCAAUGGUCCUGAGAUUCUGAACAAGUUCGUCGGUGCCUCCGAAGAGAACAUCCGUAAACUCUUCGUGGAUGCCGAGAAGGAGUACAAAGAGAAGGGAGACGAAAGUGGUCUCCACAUCAUCAUCUUCGAUGAACUUGACGCCAUAUUCAAACAACGUGGCUCCACUGGCGGCGGUACCGGCGUCGGCGACACCGUCGUCAACCAGAUCCUCUCCAAAAUGGAUGGUGUCGACCAACUGAACAACAUCCUCAUCAUCGGCAUGACCAACCGUAUCGACAUGAUCGACGAGGCCCUCCUCCGUCCCGGCCGUCUCGAAGUUCACAUGGAGAUAUCCCUCCCCGACGAAAACGGCCGGUUCCAGAUUCUGAACAUCCACACCUCCAAGAUGCGCACGAACGGCGUCAUGGACGACGACGUCAAUCUUUCGGAGCUCGCGCAGCUGACGAAGAACUUUUCGGGGGCGGAGAUUGGCGGUUUGGUGAAGAGCGCGACGAGUUUUGCGUUCAAUAGGCAUGUGAAGGUGGGGACUAUGGCGGGGAUUUCGGAGGAUGUGGAGAAUUUGAGGGUGAACAUGGAUGACUUCCUGAAUGCGUUGGAUGAGGUGCAUCCGGCGUAUGGUGUCUCGGAAGAGGAGCUAGCGCAGGUCGUUCAGAAUGGGAUCAUCCAUUACGACCCCAUCGUCAACGAACUCCUCCACAGCGGACAACUCUUCGUCGAGCAAGUCCGGACGUCCAGCCGCACGCCGCUCGUCAGCAUCCUGCUGCACGGGCCUCCUGGGACAGGAAAGACGGCAAUGGCAGCCACUAUCGCCCAAGCCUCACAGUUCCCCUUCAUCAAGCUCAUCACACCCGACAACAUGGUUGGUUUCUCGGAAGCGCAGAAGAUCCAGUCGAUAUCGAAGGUCUUUGCCGACAGUACGAAGAGUCCGAUGAGUGUAGUCGUUGUAGACAACCUAGAGCGUUUGCUAGACUGGACACCUGUCGGUCCCCGUUUCUCAAACGCCGUCCUCCAGACACUCAUGGUCCUCAUGGCCAAGCGCCCACCAAAGGGCCACCGUCUCCUCGUUAUCGCCACUACGUCCCUCCGACCCAUGCUCACAGACCUCGGGCUCGCCUCCUUCGACUCCGAAAUCCGCGUCCCACCGAUCACCCGUCUCUCCUCCCUCAAGCACGUCCUCGAAGCCGUCGAGCUCUUCCGUCGUCCUGACGAUCUCGCUCGUGCCGUGGGCAUGCUCCGGCAGGCUGGAUUCCAGGAUAGCGAGGAGGGUGGGAUGGACCUGGGCAUUGGUGGUGAUGACGGGCAGGGACGGGGCACGAUGAUGGUGGGGGUGAAGAAGUUGUUGAGCGUCGUCGAGAUGGCGAGGCAGGAGCCGGAGAAUGUGGCGGAGAGGUUGGUUAGUGCUUUGAUGGGGCUCGGGAUGUAAGUUUCUUGAUAUGAGCGGACAGGGAAAGCGCUUGGAUUCUGUUGUGUACGUUGGCCGCGGUUAUUUGACUCUUUUUGGAUGGGUCGUCAAUUCGUUUGUAUCUUUCGCCAGUGUGU